CGCUCAACCUACCGGAAACAGAGAAGAAGUUGUUGUGUGUUGUUUUGACGGACGGUUUCAGCAGCCGUUCACUCGUUUGGGGGACAGGUGGGACCAGGUGCGACCAGGUGCGACCACAACCAGGAACAGCAUUCACCUCCGUCUCGUCUCAGUGGACGUCCUCGCUCUGCAGUCCAAAGGUCGCCUCCUCCCCCGGCAGCGAUGGCUCUGAUCUCUCUGGAAGACCUCGACGGAUUGGACGACGAGCAGCUGGACGACGACAUCGCCGACAACCCCGAGCCGAUGGAUGAAGACGACCGACUGCUGACACACUGGCAGGCGGUCGCCAGCACCCACCAGGUGUCAGUUCCCCCAGAAAUGGCCGGACCAAUACAGGAAAUGACCCGCAACAGCCAGCAGAGGGAGUCCGUCCCCUUCACGACAGUGUCCUGCCAUGAGAAGAUGGGGGAGGUGCUGUACGAGGAGCGGGUGUACCCAGCGGGAAACUGGGCCUGCGUGACCCGAGGAGAAGACCUGUACGAACAGAGCAUCUCGAUGGGCUUCAUGAAACUGAUGCGAUUCAUCUGUAAAGAAAACUCUGCAGGUACGUACCUGGGAAUGACUGUGCCAGUGGUCAGUAACAUCCACGUGAUGGAGGACGGAAACACCUUCGAGAAAGACGUCCAGACGGCCUUCCUCCUGCCUGCCGAGUUUCAGACUAACCCCCCACGACCCUCUGACCCCGACAUCACCAUCGUCCGCAGGGAGCCAAUCAGAGUCAUCGCCAGGACGUUCUUUGGGACAACCACGGAGGAGACGGUGACCCGUCAGAUCAGCCUGCUGUGGGAGAUUCUCGGCGUCACAGACGAACUCUGCAGAGGUGACUACAUGGUCGCUGUGUACGAGAACCCUGGCGUCCCCCGGCGCAGGAAUGAGAUCUGGUUCAUCAGACGCAGCCUGUAGACGCCUUCCCAUCAUCCUCGGCUCCUUCACUUCCUCCCCCUCUGGUUGGCUGGUUUGUUUUCUGCUCUGUGACACACUUCCUAUGGCUGAGUUUGAUCUGACCAAUCAGAGCAGGUUUAUGUUUGUUAGCAGUCUGACAUUAAGCCCCGCCCCUCUUUAUCUCCUCUAUGACUAACUGACAUCCUAUUGGUUCACACUUUUAAAUGUUCCCAUGUCACAGCAACAGGAAAUGCAUCCUUUUACUUUGUCAAGCUUCCGUCCUGAUUGAUCUGACCAAUCAGAUGCUCUGUAAACCUGAGGGUGAUGAUGUCACAGUUGAGCAGUCUUCAGGUGAAGGUCGCAUUAUAUUUCCCUGCACUCGGCCCAGAAAAUGCAACUUAUCUCAUGUUUUUGAUGCAGUUAAUCAAUAAAUAUCGCUGAACAGUUAAUUUUGGGAUAACUGGUUAAAUACGGUGAAUAUUUGAUAAACGUAACUUCUACAUUUCCAGCAGUGUUGCUAUUGGUUGAUUGAACAAACAGGAAACAGACGUGGACAAAAAUGUCACGUGUGAAACGUCAUCAGCGGCUGAAUCUCAUCAGUCUGAUCCCAGAUCUGAUGGUGGACGUGGACCAGAUAGUGCUAAUGCUAACUGUGCCAACAGAGCUUUUGAUAUAUUCACAUAUUAAUGUGAAGUUACUCUUUUAGUUUUACCAGAAUCUGCUGCCACUAGAGGUCACUAGAGAUGAAACGAUACCAAAACUCCCGGUACAAUAAUGCCUCGACGUCAAGGCCUCGAUGCGAUAUGUAAUGUGAUAUUUUAAAAAAAAGAAAGAAAGAAAAAUGACUUAUUAAUUAGUGUAUACAGCAUUUUAUUCGUAUACAAUUAGUUUUUAACUUAAAGUUCUUCUGUUUUCCUUCUUUCAUAAAAUAAAAAUAGCCGCCAUGACCGUAGCACGUGCAAAAAACUGCCGUGAAACGUCUUUGGCAGUGAACGAUGGAACCAUGAGCUGUUCCAUCGGGUGACCGCCAUGAUCAGCAGUGAAUCUGCGGUGAAGAACACGCCCUUAAUCGACCAAUGAGGCGGCUGCCGCGGUCUACGAUCACACCCGCUGGUGAAGCCGGGUUUAAAGAACACUUAAUGCGGUCAGUCCGGCCCCACACGUUAAUGUCGAGCUCCACUCAGAGACAGCAGAAACCUGAGCUGUGUUGAGUCCAGUCAUUGGCCGGUCGUCCUGUGACUGUGUUGAGUCCAGUCAUUGGCCGGUCGUCCUGUGACUGUGUUGAGUCCAGUCAUUGGCCGGUCGUCCUGUGACUGUGUUGAGUCCAGUCAUUGGCCGGUCGUCCUGUGACUGUGUUGAGUCCAGUCAUUGGCCGGUCGUCCUGUGACUGUGUUGAGUCCAGUCAUUGGCCGGUCGUCCUGUGACUGUGUUGAGUCCAGUCAUUGGCCGGUCGUCCUGUGACUGUGUUGAGUCCAGUCAUUGGCCGGUCGUCCUGUGACUGUGUUGAGUCCAGUCAUUGGCUGGUCGUAACCUGAGCUCUGUUGAGUCCAGUCAUUGGCUGGUCGUCCUGUGACUGUGAUGUGGCUCUGAGGAGCUGCUGAAGUUCACCCCUCUGUGGUUGUUGAGAUGCUCUCUGCUGCUUUGACCUCUUUCAUCCGUAGAGGUCAGUGCUACAUAAUCCAACACUCGACCACACAGACCCGCCGCCAAAGAAGCCAGUUUGAACACCUGAUCAGACGUCUAGUUGAAAGUGGCCUACAGGUAGUAGCUUUUUUUUUUCAGGCUUGUGAUUGGCCAACGUGACUUUAAAAGUUAAAAACAUGUUUUAUCAAACUCUCGUAUACGUGUGGUCUAGACCUCGGUUCCUGAAUCCAGACUUUAUUUGUGUCACAGCUCAUCUCAGUGCUUUAAAUCAGGGUCCAGAUUGUUGUCCUGGUCUUGAGUCCUGAUGAGAUUCAGCUGCUGCAGCUUCAGACGGUUCCUGCUGGUCUUUGUAGAGUCUGAAGGUUUAGUUGGCAGGUGACGCCCUCUGUCAUCUCCUCCAUCAGCAUGUUAAACUGACUUUGACUCACUUCACUGGUUUUAAUCUUUAGUUUUCUGAAUAUUUGAUGUCAAAUCAUUUUUAAACAGCUUUGUGAUUUUUGCUGCUUGUUGAAUUUAAUAUUUCCUCGUUUACUGUAAAUGUUUUUUCCUUCUGUUCCAACAUUUGUGUAUAAAAUAUUAAAAUAAAAUCAGAUUUAAAAGCG